AAUGCACGCGUGAUUUAACCUAACCUAAGCUGACUGGCAAUUCCUAACCCGACUUUAGAACCGUUUCAGCGGUAUUCCACAAUAUUCGAAAUAUAUUUUAUUAUUAUGCAAAAGGCAAUCUAACAGUUCAAAAAAAUAAAGCACUGCGCGUGCUGAAAACAUUCCCAUACAUAUAUAAACAAAUUAAGAUUUCUAGAAAAGGAGAUCCGUGCUCUCGUACAAUAAACAAUGGAGAUAGAAUGUGAAGAAACCGCUGUUGAAUCGCGUUCGCCGAUAACAACACCACGUUUAAAUGAAAAUCACGAGACAGUCGAAAACGAUGCAGAAAGCGAAACUUGUGAGGCUAGUCAGGUGCAACCGGAUUUAUUCGUACCGACCGAAGACACUUGCAGUCAGACAAAUGCAGGAACUCGUUUGGAAUCUAGUGUAAUUCCGAAUAAAACCGACUUUCUCGUUUCUUCACAGUCACAAGUAACGUGCGAUACAUUGCCAGAACAAAUAGCAAGUCUUGAGAUAUCGGAGCAAACAAGGGACAAUGAAGCUACAAAUAUCACAGAGCCAAGAAAUGUAGUUUCGGAAGAUACCAGCUCAGUAGAUUCUGCCUGCGUCUACAAGUAUAACUGGUCCACAGCGCCGAGGGUAUUAUGUGUAGCUACUAAGGAAUACCAGCCCACAAACUUGCAUGAGAAUUUUACGAAAGGUUGCCAGUGGUCGCCGGACGGAACAUGCUUACUUGUACCAUCAGAAGACUUCAAAAUACGCAUUUACGAGCUUCCCAUAGAAUUAUACUCUGGCCAGGUUCCAUCUGAUUUCAUACAGACCAACUUUACGUCUGCGUUGACAAUUAAGGAAGGCGGCCUCGUAUACGACACUUGCUGGUAUCCUUUUAUGGAUUCGCGCGAACCUGCGACGUGCUGCUUUCUUAGUACCAGCAGAGAGAGUCCUAUUCAUCUGUGGGAUGCAUUUACAGGAGAAUUGCGUGCCACGUAUCGAGCUUACAAUCAAGUUGACGAAGUAGAAGCAUCUAUCAGCGUUCAAUUUGUGGAUUCAGGAAGGGAGAUAUGGUGUGGUUUCAAGAACGCUGUAAGAACCUUCGACACGGACCGUCCUGGACGUCAGACAAGUGACAUUCAAUUUAAACACAAUUUUCCAAAUAUGAUAGGAUUGGUCUCGUGUAUCCGUGAAAAUCCAUUCAUGCCAGGCUUAGUUGCCUUUGGCACAUAUUCCAAAUGUAUUGGUUUGUACAAAGACGGACCAUUGUGCACUUUUCAGACCGGGAGUGGUGUAACACAAGUUGAAUUUAGCCCUUGCGGAAUGAAGUUGUUCUCUGUUGUCCGGAAAAAUAGUGAAUUUUUAUGUUGGGACCUCCGUAAUCCUGGAAAUGUUCUUUAUUCCCUCGAAGGAAGGCAAUCGGAUACCAAUCAAAGAAUACAAAUUGCUAUUACGCCUGACAGUAAACAAAUAAUCUCUGGCGGUGUUGAUGGAAAUAUCGUUGUGUGGGAAUUGCCGGAAAUUACAGAUUAUAACGAAGAGGAUUUGUAUCCAAAAUAUAAAAUAAGACUGUCCAAAGAUUGU